AAGUCGUUCGUCUGCAUUUUCCAGUCGUAGAAAUCGAAAAAUCGUGCGCGUUGUGAAGGUGUUUUCCAGUUGCUGGCAAAAAGGCUUGUACCGAUUUGAGUGAAAGCAGUCUCGCACAGUGAGACGAGAGCGAGUCAAACGCUAAUCGACCGUAGCGAGUGAGAAAGAAAAAGCAAAACCCAACUUCCAGACCAGACGGCAAUCAGUGAAAAAUGUCUGCUUACGGUGGCGAAACGUUCGUCGUGCUUCCGCCCUGCACGGAAUCCAACCGGAAGCAGAUUAUUUUCGGACGCAACGGUACGGGCUCGGCCGAGCAGGUGUCGGAGGUCAUUUACGUGCCGGCGACGACUGACGGUGAGGCAGUUUCACUUCCAAGCGGCUGUGAAAUCGAGGGAGUGGCGUCAAGCUAUGCCGUCAUCCUGAACAAGCCGGCCGGCACCUGGGGCGCCGAGAGCGGCUCCAACGAGAAGGCCCUCACCAUUGCCCUAUCCUACAGCGAAGGAUCGGUUAUGGAUGGAAAAGUGUCCGCUGUGGAUCUGGUGCGCCUAGGUCUAGAGCGCAGCGAUAGUGCGUCGGCAGCGAUCGAUACGCUGGUGGGGCUCGUGGAAAAACACGCACCGGAAGAGAAAAACGCACUGAAGGCGGCCUUUGUAGUUUGUGAUCCGGCGGCCGUUUGGCUGCUCAAUGUGGCCGGCCAGCUUUGGGCGGCGAAGCAGGUCCAGGAAAGUAGCCUAGCGUUGGCCGCAACGGGAUUCACGAUUGGAAGUGCUUUCGAUCGCAGCACCGAGGGGUUGGCAUCGAAGGCACAAGAGGCCGGAGCGUGGGAUGGCGCGGGAGAGUUUAGCUUUAGUGAUGCACUUGGAGGCAGUCCGGCGUCUGCGGCCACCCGUUCCUGGCCUAUGCACGAACCGGGAGCCGAAGGAGCCUUCGGUUUGAAGCAAAUGUUUGAAUGUUUACGUGCGGUCGGUUCGGAUCCACCGACCGGCCCGAGCCAGGUGUCGGUGCUGAGUGCGGAAGGUGUGCUGGCUUGCCACUGGUUCACGGCGACUCCGCAGGUGGAGGAAUCCGUCUUCAAACCGUUUAUUUUCACUGCCGGAGCAAAGAUUUCGCCCUUAACCCGAGUGCCGGAGGGCGAAUCGCAAACGCUGCUCCAUCGACUGCACAGCAACCGGAAGUGGGGGUUGGUCGGUAGCUUGCUGAGCUCCCUCGAGGCCACCUGCAUGGAUGAGGUCAAUCGUUUCCUUAGCGAACACUCUGGCGAAGCGUGCCAGGAGCUUGAUGAGCUUAUGAAAGACUGCGUAGAGGCGGAAGUUAAGUUCUACCGCUAAGCUUGGGGUGAGGAUUCGGUUGACCACACUCGCACAAAACAUGGCAAUGGAGCGAACUCGUUUGAUGGACCGUGUUGGGUAAACCCCACUUCAGCCGACCGGUGGUAUGUUGGGAGAGGUAUUUUUUAAAUCUCUAACCUUUCAGAUCAGAUUUCAUGUGCGCCAGUUUUCGUCAACAAUUCUCCCUAGCAACCAUCCGGCCUGAACUGUCGGGAACCCAGCCCGGUCACAACUCUACUCUAGGACUACUACACUGCUGCGAUAUAUUAACAUUUAACUGUAGGAAAAACAAAAUGUCCCGAAUCAUCCUUGUGGGACUAGAGGACGACGUCCUCUCCAUCUCGUUAUGUUGUGAUUUUUCGUUCUGUGUGUGUGCGCGUGUCUCGUUUGUGUUUAUUUGUUUAUUUUGUAGGUUUUAUUACGCUUUUUUCGCGAAUUCCGUUACAGAUCUCGCUACGGCAAAUGAUUUCCUAUUUUUCUUAGCAUUAAGAUCUCAAUGAAGCAAGCCUUUUUCUCGAAAAUUCACAAUCGACGCAUAGCCAGUUCUAUUUUUUGGGUGGCUUUUUUUUUAAAGGAUUCCAAAUACGUGUGAUAAUGUAUUUCCUCUCACAAACGAUAAUUACUGGGCAUGUAUUUCAAAACAGCUUUUUGUGUGGAAUGCCUGCAAACAGAAUCGAUAAGCAUUCAAGCGAUACGCAUACGAUUUUUUCAAAUACCCAGUAUUGAUUUGCAUUCUAUAUUACUUAAAACGUCAGUCGUAAGCUUAAAAAUGUUAUUAUUUGCGUUUGUUAUUUUUGUACACCAAUCCUACAAGGAUGUAUUCACAAAUGAAGAUCGUUUCCGAGCGAAAUAAAUGAUAGGUAGAAAAGAACCAAAAACAAAAACAGCAAAGAAACAAAGGCAAACAUUAAAAAGCGAAGCUAUGCCUUUGAAGCAUGUACACAUCAGGUCUUCAACUAACGAGAUCGUGUGUUAAGAUACAUUCCAUGUAUGCAUUCAGUGUAUGAAUUUAGCUUAAACUUCCGGUAAAUGGACAGCGCUCCUGCCACUUAUCAGGUGGCGUAAUGCAACCAGACACACAUACUUUCUCAUACAUUCUCAUCAUUAGUAACCGAAGUGACAUUCUAGUUAUCCCAUAUAUGAUAUUAUUCAGUAUCAAAAUCAUGUAACACGGCUUUCCAAAAGAGAUGAAAUCGAAAGUAAACAUGUAAGGAAGAUUGUCUUCGAAACGAAUCGUAAAACCAUGUGAAGAAAAAAAAUCAAGAACAAUAAUGAAUGUAACGUUACCGGCAUAUGCUUCUUUUUCGAACGUUCGUAUGAACACAAGCAAAAAAAAAAAAAAAUGAAAAGCUGAAAAGAACACUAGAUAACGCCCACAUUUAGCCUCCCCUCACAUUAUUUAAGCUGACUGUAAA